UCCACCGUGAAAGACGUCCGUUCAUUUCUAUGUUUUACUUUUGUAAAUUAAACCAGUAAUAUUCAUCGCUUUGGCUGCUGGUUUUCGAAAAAGUCAGAAUGAUUGAACCCAAAAAGAGGCCGGCGGACAUGGCUGUGGUUCCAGCUGCCGUGAAGCGGCCGCGGACGGACCUGGUGGCGGCGGCUCAGUCCCAGCAGCUCGUGGCCUCGGGUCCUGCACGGAGCUCCAGCCUGCAGGCUCCCAUCAUGCUGAUGUCUGGCCAUGAUGGGGAGGUGUACUGCUGCAAGUUUCACCCCAACGGAGCCACUCUGGCCUCAUCAGGAUUUGACAGGCUCAUAUUGAUGUGGAAUGUGUAUGGAGAUUGUGAAAAUUAUGCAACUCUGAAGGGUCACAGUGGAGCAGUGAUGGAGCUGCACUACAACACAGACGGCAGUACCCUGUUCUCAGCAAGCACAGACAAGACUGUAGGUGUGUGGGACAGUGAAACAGGUGAGAGGAUCAAGCGUCUGAAGGGUCACACCUCCUUCGUCAACACCUGCUACCCGGCCCGCCGAGGGCCCCAGCUGGUCUGCACCGGCAGUGAUGACGGGACAGUGAAGCUGUGGGACGUCCGCAAGAAAGGGGCAAUCCACACUUUCCAAAAUACCUAUCAGGUGCUGGCCGUCACCUUCAACGACACCAGUGAUCAGAUUCUCUCUGGAGGCAUCGACAACGACAUCAAGGUGUGGGACCUGAGGCAGAAUAAGCUGAUCUACAGUAUGCAUGGGCACAGUGACUCAGUUACUGGACUCAGCCUGAGCUCUGAGGGAUCUUAUCUUCUUUCCAACUCCAUGGACAACACAGUGCGUAUUUGGGAUGUUCGACCAUUUGCACCCAAGGAGAGAUGUGUGAAGAUUUUCCAAGGCAACGUUCACAACUUUGAAAAGAAUUUGCUGAGGUGCUCCUGGUCUACUGACGGCAGUAAGAUAGCUGCAGGCUCGGCUGACAGGUUUGUGUAUAUUUGGGACACAACAUCCCGUAGGAUCCUGUACAAGCUGCCAGGCCACGCCGGUUCUGUUAAUGAAGUGGCCUUUCACCCAGAGGAGCCAAUAGUGCUGUCCGGCGGCAGUGAUAAACGGCUCUACAUGGGUGAAAUUCAGUAGGAUGUGUGUAUACUCUUGGAUGUGUGCGUGUGCGUGAGUAUGUUGUGUGUCCUGCAAACGAGGGUCCAGCCCUUGGAAGUGGGUGGUGUUUGAGACCAGGUUAAGAGUCUCUUUUAAUUUCAUGUGCUUCAGCUUGUCACAGAACAACCUCAGGACGUGUGUUUGAAAACCUACAAAGUGAUUUGUUUUUUUUUAUGCUGAUUUGUUUCUUUUUAUUAAACUUUAGU